AUGCAAGAUCGCGACGAGAAUGCGCACUACAAGUCGCGCAUCAUUUCCGUCAUUGCUGCUACCGGUAUAGCUCUUGCUUGUGGAACAAACGUUACAUGGGCUCCCCAAUAUGCCGAGCGCAUGAAAUUGUCCGCUACACAAAGCAACCUUAUUGGUAGCGCUGGCAACAUUGGCAUGUACGCCUCGGGCAUCCCCUUUGGCAUCUUGAUCGACACAAAAGGCCCUAGAUGGGCUAUCCUUAUCGGUGCCUUUUCGCUGGCAUGCGGCUACUUNCCCCUAUACUCGGCCUACCAGAAAGGUCCUGGAUCUAUGAGCUUUCCGGCCCUCUGUUUCUUCGGGUUCCUGACUGGCAUGGGAAGUUGUUGUGCCUUCGCGGGUUCCAUCAAGGUCUCCGCAACGAACUGGCCUCAUCAUCGAGGAACUGCCACCGCUUUCCCAUUGAGUGGCUUCGGUCUGAGCGCAUUCGUCUUUACCCUGAUCGGCAGUUUCGCCUUCCCCAAUGAUACUGGAGACUACCUACUGAUGCUGGCCAUCGGUACUUUUGUCAUGGUGUUUGUGGGGAGCUUUUUCAUGAGACUGAUGCCUCCGUCUUCUCCUUAUCAAGCUGUACCCACGGAGGACGAGAGUCGACCUUCACGCAUUAGGAAAAACUCGCACGACCUUCGGUCAGCACGUCACAGCAGGGAUGGAAGCAGAUCAAGCGUCCCGGGUGAACCCAGCACACAAAAUGCCCAAGUAGAUGAGAAUUCACCUCUUGUCUCCCGCGCAGGGGANACCCCUGCAGAUGAGUCUCAAACAUUGCAAAACCAAGGCUCACACAAGAAAGAUAUUACAGGAUGGGCGCUGGCAAAGAGUCCCUCGUUUUGGAACCUGUUCAUUCUACUCGGCUUGUUAUGUGGUGUUGGUCUGAUGACUAUCAACAACAUUGGAAACAACGCCAAGACGCUCUGGCACCACUAUGACGAGAAUGCAAGUCACGACUUCAUCCAGUCUCGUCAAUUGAUGCAUGUUGGUAUUCUUUCGAUCGGGUCCUUCGUUGGCAGACUGUCUUCCGGUAUUGGAUCGGACUUCGUGGUCAAACGCCUUCACUCGUCACGUUACUGGUCACUCGUCGCCUCAUCUCUGAUAUUCACCAUCGCCCAAGUUUUUGGACUCACGAUUGAAAACCCCACUCACUUGUAUCUUUUGUCAAGUGUUACCGGACUUGGAUACGGUGCCUUAUUCGGCGUGUUCCCGGCUCUUGUUGCCGAUGCUUUUGGCGCUCCAGGACUCGGCAUCAACUGGNNUGCUAUGACGAUGUCGCCAGUCAUCUCAGGCAACAUCUUCAACACGGCGUACGGCGCCAUUCUUGAUAGCCACUCGGGCUCAGCGGACGGUCAUCACCGCAUCUGCAACGACGGAAAGUCUUGCUACUCUCAAGCGUAUACUAUUACCCUUGUCGCCAGUAUCAUGGGGAUUGCNCUGAGUCUGUGGUGCGUCCGCCAUGACACACAGGAGAAGAAGGCACAAAGGAAGCUGUACGAGGACCAUUCACCUUAG